GCAGCAGCAACUGCAGCAGGAGCAGCAGCAACGGCGGCAGCAGCAGCAACAGCAGCAAUUGCAGCAGCAGCAACAUAGAUUAAGCAAAUUACAAAAUGAGAAUCUUCCUGUGACAAACACUGGCAUAUCUCAGCAAGAUCCAAUGCAAAACUCUCAUCAAAAUGGAGUGGACCACAGUCAGCGUAGUACGACGGUCACAAACGCCACCUAUACCCAACAAAGCAUGUUGGUGCUCUGCAAACAGACAGUUCCCUAUAAUGGGGCUCAGAUGAAUAGGACCAUGAAUGCCUCACAUCUUCUACACAGCUGGAGCAAGCAGGCUUUUCAUCCAGCUGCAAAUGGAGGAAUGACCAGACCCGUUUCAUCGUACCCUGCUGCUCCCUCACUUCCGUAUCACCAGACGGUCAAUGCCAACACAGCACUAGCUGCAGCUGUUCAUAAUGGUCAAGAUCACGUGUCUUCUAAUCAAAUGCACAGACCAAAUUUCUCUCAGGGUGGACACUCUCAAAACUAUACAUCAAAAUGUGGAACUGCAACCUCUCAGACAUUUAAGAACAACAAUGUUGCUACUUGGUGUACAUCCUCAAAUUCUCAGACUACACAUGCUUCGCUUGUACAUCAAGCAAAUCAGCAAACUUCAACUCAGUGCAAUCCUUCAUAUAACAACUACAGAAGUUUCAGGAAUGUAAAUUUAUUGAAUGAAAGAAAUGUUCUUACAAAAAGAAAUGAUCCCCCUCCUCCUUACGAGACCUCCCAUCAUUCCAUUGCGUCCAGAAUGUCUAAUCAAAAUAACCAAACUGCGACCGUAGCUCAUUCCGAAAAUCCCAGCUUGAAGGCUAGCCAAUCUUUAUCGCUCCACUCUGAACGGAUUUGGCCUCAAAGUGUUAAGUCAAGAGCACAGCAAAUUUUAAAUGCAUCAUUUCAGCAAAACUCAUUGGCAGAUGUUGUCCACCCCCGUUCCUCACAAGGGAACGGGGGUGGAAGUGGCCAGGUAGUUGCCGUCAAUGAAACUGUAGCUAAAAGAUUUCCUGUCGUUUCUCAGAGUAACUCAUCACAAGGAUAUGAGAGGGUGUUAUUGCAGAGAGGCAAGCCUCAAGCCGUUGCGGUAAGCCAUUCAAAUAAGGAUGUUGGAAUGUCUUCACCAUUCAAACAAAAUGAAAGCUGUUCCUCCUCCAUGUCUGGUCAGACCGGCAUAAGAGCUGUUGCAGUCGUUCCUCCCUUGUCGCAGGAGGAGCCUAAUUCUCCUGCUUCUGCCGAACCUUGCAAAUCUGUGGAUGAUGCAGAAAAAAUUAGCAUUUCACCCAAUGUAACUACAAUUUGUGAGGCUACACCUGGAAGCCAGGAAUCUAAUCAGAACCAAGUGAUCACCAACAAAGCGGCAUCGGAGCCAGAAAGUUUGACUCAAACACCAGAGCGUGAUAAUGAUGAAUCUGUUGUUGAAAUGGUUUCACAAGAGUCAGAAAGUCAAACUGGUUCUGGAGAACAAACUGAAGUGGCUUCACCUCAAUCACCACCUGUUUAUGAACUUUCUCUGCUCCCAACAAAAUCUUGGACUCCUGAGGAUCUGACCAAAUUGAUAAUGGCGAUGGAAUCCGAACCCAAGCAAACGGGCACUUCCAAGGUGUCGAAUCUUGUCAAUAUAGUUGUGACAAUGUGGGAUAAAAAUGUUCGAGCAAUGCUUCUUGGCUACAAAAAAGACUCUGAAAUUGGUUUUAUUUCUGAUAUAGAAAAAUUCUGUAACGCAUACAUCAAGCAGGACACUUCUAUACUCACAGAAGUAAGCCCUGACUUUAAGGACCAACUUAAACGGUACAAAAUCCUCAAGGAAGGUGAGGUCUACUCAGAAACUCCUUACAGAUCUUUGUGGUUGAAUGUCAAUGAUCAGCUUGACGACAUAGAUAAGGAGUUUGGCUUCCCGUGGGCUUUGAAGCGACAUCUUUAUGUGGACGAAACCACAACCGACGACUUUGAGACUUUCGAAAACGUUCCUGAACAAGCUGCCAGUGAGUCGGUAAACAAAGUUUUGCCUCUAACAGAGUGUGAAGCAGUUGACAUGACAGAAGAAAGUGAAACCCCCCAGGACCUUACGGCUUCCCCACAGGAGUCGUGGAAAGAUUCCUGUGACAUGAGCUACUUGUUUAAAAUAGAGGUUUUGCCUCCAGAGGAAGCAAAAGUCAUCUUUGAGCAAGGGCAGAAAGACAAGAAUCAAAGCUCUAACUGUGGAAAAGAAACUGAUGCAAGUAGCUCUGAGCAGAGAGGGGGAUCUGAAGAUAUGAAUUUCACAAAAAAUGAUCCCAAACCAAAGAAAUCUUCAGACAAUCGGAGACUAAAAGAGAUUUGCUGCCUUGCAAGAUUUAUAGAAAUGAACUCAGGAUUAGGCAACCUCUCCUCCAAAUGCCAAUGCAGAGACACACAAAAUGCUAGUGAAGGCACCACUGUCCUUGAACCUGAUCCUGAUUGCUUACUAAUCGGCCAGAAGGUUGCUAAUCGUCAAACUGCUACUCAGAAUGGCCCUCAUCUGUCCAUUAAUCUUAGUCAGAUAAUUGAUUUGACUGACGACACUGAUGACCAACUUUUUUCUUUUCAUGAUAAAGAAUCGGAGUCCAUUUUUCAGACCUGCAGCCAGUCAAAUGCUGUUAGUGUAAGCAGCCAGGAGGCUGGGGAACUUUCUGCUGAUUUUUCCUCUCCAAAAGAGAUGCAGGAGUUUGUCUUCGAGGAGAGAGAAUCCGAGUUGGAGCAUGUCCAAGAAAAGCUGCCAUCAACAGGAGCUGUGCAGUCGAGUGAUCCACAGCUAACCAAAUGUGAUCCUUCCAAUUUUAUUGAAACAAAUGAGCUAACUCAGACGUUUAACCAGACGGAAAACUGUGAGCAAGCUCCUUUAACAUCUGACGACCAGGCUUUAUCACCUUCGGAAAACAAAACUCAAGUAAGUGACGCCACCAGCCAGACAUCCUUGAACUUUGUCGUUAAUAGGAUAAAAACAGAGAAGAGACAAAGGAGUCUUGACCAAUAUUUUCCAACUCUAAGCAAACCUAAAAAAUGUAGACUGCCCGUUGCCUCAGAUACAGAUCACAACUCUGAAGCUCAAGAGUCAGCCUCUGAAGGAAAAACUGUAGAAUUGAUGUUGUUCGGAGCUGGGCAACCAGAGACAAGUUCUCCAUCCAGAAAACAUGAUGUCCUGGCUUCUUCUCAAGUAAGAAUGUCUUAUGAAAAACACAAACCUCCCGAAGUUCUGUCUGUCAAAUUAGACUCGUUGGGAAUGGACUCCACUCCAGCUGAUCCCACAAGGGACUACUCGAUCAAACAGCUUAUUUAUGAAAAAUGGAGGAGCAGUAUUCCAACUAUGAGUGGAUCGGGCUUUUUUCGGCACAAAAACAAACUGAAAAGGCAAACCAGCUUACCUGCUGUAAUUUCUAGCGAAAGCACCAAAGAGCAGGCACAGACAAUUCCCUCUAAGCUGAGAUUCUAUGAUCGAACUAAAAAGUACAUUCAGAGUUUAAAGAAGAUGAAGAAGAAGAAUAAAAGGAGGGCCCUCGCUGAUCGCCUUACACGUGAAGACACAAAGAGGAGGUGCUACAGUGUCACCCUCGAGGGACCUGAACAUCAGCAGGGAGGUGAAACCAGUGACAAGAUGCCGGUCCAUGACAAUAUUGUCUUGAAGUUCAAUGUCCUGCCAAACACCUUUAACUUGGCAGAUGGGUCUGCUGAGACGGAGGAGGCAGCUGAACCCGUUUCAGAUAAAUUUAAACCAAUAGAAGAAAAAGAUACAUUUUGUAAGAAAGUUGCAGCAAAACCAAAAGGAACCUGGUAUCCAAGUGAAGCAAAGCAAUACAAGCCACUCCGUGUCUCCAAGAAUGUCAGCCUCUUCCAUGAGUAUCAGAAGAAAUACAAGGAGAAGACGUGCACAUCGACAGAUGAUUGACUGAUGCAUAAAUGUUACUAAACUUUGUUACCGACAGUGUUGAUAUUCUAUACUCAGGGAGUAGAUUAACACUAUGUUGUAGGUUUAAUCUCUCUGUAAGAGACCUCAGUUCUGCUUCCUCAUCUUUACAUUAAAAAGCCUACACAUUGAAUCUGAUUACUUUAUAUUCUGUGUAUGAGUGCAUUAGCCAAAUGUUUGGCAAGAUUUGCUUGUUUUUUUUUUUUUUACUGUUUUUUGUACCAAGAAGUGUUCUAUUUUUUUUACAGUGCUUUUUGUCUUUGUCUAAGAAACCUAUUGGGUUGUUUGAAAAGUCCCACUUGUCUUGUUUUUUUGUUGUGUAAAUUGUUUUUUUGCUAACCAACUCUUGUCUGUUCACAUGUGAUGAAAAGAUUUAUAUGGAAUACUUUUGAAAUAGAAACCACACACACACACGCGGGAGACCAACUUAAUGUUUGCAAUGUACAAAGCGUCUUAUAAAAAGUGAUGCUUAACAUUCAAUUAAACCUAUUCAAUUUUCUAA